UUCUACCCCUCUAAUAUGGGACAACAACAAACAACAGGAACAACAACAUCAAAUAGUGAACAACAACAAACAGAGAUUAUGCCAAGUACGAGUAGUAAUUUAAUACCUAAAACACCCCCAACAACAACAUCUUUAAUUAAUUAUUAUUUUUUAAAUUCAUUCGAAUUUUGUACAAUUUUGUCAAUGCUCGUUGAACAAGUUGCCGAUAAAUUGUCUUCUACUAUUUUGGGUACUCCUAUAAUUAAGCAGCAACAACCCGAAUUGAAAGAAGAUAAUAAACAACAAAUUUUAAAUGUAAAUAAUUUGUGCUGUGAUCAGGGAAGCAGUGGGGAUGAUCGUUCGGAAAGCAACAUCCUCGGGGAAGACGAAGACGAAUUUGAAGGUUUUGAAUUAUCCGAUUUAAAAACAAUUACAACCCUUGGAAUUGGUGGAUUUGGACGUGUAAAUCUAGUCAGGCAUAUUGAUAGAGACAAAGUUUAUGCUCUCAAAAUUUUGAAUAAACAACAUGUCAAAAAUAAAAAUCAGGCAAGUUUUGAGAGAGAAAAUAGUAGAAAAAUCAGUCUCGAGAUCGAACACGUUCAAAAUGAAAGAGCAAUUUUACUGGAAUGUCAUUGCGAUUUUAUAAUUAGACUGCACAAAACUUUUAGAGAUUCAGAACGUGUUUAUAUGUUAAUGGAGUAUUGUCCUGGGGGUGAUUUGUGGACUGUUUUGAGAAGUUUUUUGCGUUUAGAUGAAAAGAAGGCUAGAUAUUAUUGUGCUGCUGCUUUGGAGGCUUUUGAUUAUUUGCAUAAACGCUUAAUUAUAUAUAGAGACCUAAAGCCAGAAAAUAUGUUGUUAGAUAUUAAUGGAAUACCCAAAUUGGUAGAUUUUGGUUUUGCCAAAAGAUUGCCUUCAGAAAUGGAUAGAGCUUGGACAUUUUGUGGAACUACUGAAUAUGUUGCCCCCGAAGUUAUUUUGGGAGAAGGGCAAGAUUCAGGAGUAGAUAUUUGGUCGUUGGGAAUUUUUCUUUAUGAAAUGUUGACGGGAAGUCCUCCUUUUGCUGCUUCUGAGCCUAUGUUGACUUACGGUGCAAUAAUAAAAGGUGUUCAAAAUUUGUCUUGGCCUCGUUACAUAAGUGAUAAUUCCCGUCUUUUAAUUUUCAAACUUUGCCGGAAAAAUGCUACCCAAAGAUUGGGUUAUGGACAUUUUGAUGAUUUACGUAAAGACAUUUGGUUCGAAGGCUUCGAUUUUACUUCUUUUCGUAAUCAUUCAAUGCGCCCUCCUAUCAGACCAAAAGUUUUAAGUCUAACAGAUACUCGCAACUUUGAUCGUUUUUCUUCUACGGAUGAUUUUGCUUGUGGGUCAGACGAUGAUGGGUGGGAUGAGGAUUUUUAA